GUACGUACAGCAAAGAUUAAAACUAAAAGUAGUUUUCUGGAACGACCUGUUAGAAAGUUUUGUCUUUUAUUGGAGGUAAAUAAUUAGGGUGGUAAAAGUGUAACAAUGUCAUGAAGCUGUUUCUCCUGUUAUCCAGAAGAAUGUGAUUUUAUGAUUUUUCAAAAUUUAUUACUAAGGUUGUGAUGUCCAAAUUAUGUUUAUUAUUUUUGAGCAGUGUGGAAUGGCUUACUCAUUAUAAAGGGCCCAUGAAAUACUAAAAACCUUAAAAGUCUUGGUUUAAAUAAUAUACAAAAAUGUGGUGACAUGAUGGACAUGAUUGGCUGACAGCUGCAGACAUAGUGUCAAAUCUGGCACAAAAUCUUAAAAAAAUAUCCUGUAGCAGAUUUAACAUUAACCGGGCAAAUGUCUGGGAUGGUGCCUUAAGAGGUUUCAGGCGAUUCUCAUUUGAUCCCACCUACAGCUUGAUGGUGAAAUUCACAGACGAUGCCGGGCUGACUGAAGAGGCCUUGGACAGCGAGGGGGCCAACUCGAGAAUUUCUGACUCUUUUGAUGGACACCAUCAAAACAAGGAGGAUAUUUGAAGGCAAAGACAAUGCCAAAUACCUCUCCUUUGAUAGCAAAGCAUCCUUCACUCUUCUUCUCGAUUAUGUGCUACACUGAGACCAAGCUGACAGCUGAUGCUGUGGAGAACAUCUUCCACGUGCAGUUCAGUCAGCCUGGUAGCACCAACCGUCAGGAGGAGGCCGGGGUACUGAGCUACUGGAGAGAUUAUGUGCUCUACCUGAAAGAAAAAGAGGCUAGUCCUUGCUUGGAAGACGUGCUUAUGUUUGGGACUGGACUGAAAGAAGUUCCUCCUGCAGCAAUACAGCCACAGCCAGUGCUAGUUUUUCAAAAGAGCUCACGCUUUCCCAUGGCAAAUGUAUGUACAAAUUCAAUCAAAAUUCCAGUCUUACCCACCCACAUGGAAAGAACCUAUAUGUGGAUAUAUGCGCAUAUAUGAAACCUAUAUGCAGUGUAUAUGUACAUAUAUGCUGCAUAUAUGCACAUAUAUGAUAAUAUAUAUGCUGCAUAUA